CUUUCUCUCUUCUAUAUCUCCAUACUCCAAAAAGGAAAGAAAAAAUGACCGAAGCCAACCAGUACAAUAUUUCCAUCUCCAAGAAAAAAAAGAAACUCAUCCUAGCUAUUUUUGCUUCCUUCUUACUAGUUGCCACUAUAAUUGCCAUUGUCACUGGUGUAAAUCCAAAAAAAAACUCUACCCGAAAUGAUGCUGCUGAUUAUGCCAAACUCGUCAAAUCGACUUUUCAAAAGAAUGAUUUUCUACUACAAGUAAACCGCAGUAUAGAUGCUGCUCAGAGCAACAAGGUAGCUUUGUCUAAGAAACUUGCCAAAAGUAUGAAAUUAGAUGUUCGACAAAGGACUGCUAUCAAUGAUUGUUGGGAAAAUAAUGAUAGGGUUGUUACUGAUUUAAAAAAGGUUUUUGGGAAUGUCAAAGUCGACACCACAAAUGCUGAUCAGGAUCUCAACACCAAAUUCGCUUCUUGCAUGACCGGCGUAAACUCAUGCUUGGAUGGUUUCUCUCAUUCAAAACAAGAUAAGAAGGUGCGUGAAGCUUUGUCUGGCCUAAUUGACGUCAGAGGGAAUUGUACUAAGGCACUGGAAAUGAUUAAGAGCAAGCCAACCGCUGACACGGCAACUGGGCUCAAGACCACAAACAGGAAACUCAAGGAGGACAAUGAUAGCAAUGAAGGGGAGGAAGAGUGGUUGUCAGUAACCGAUAGACGGCUGUUUCAAUUAUCAUCGUUGACUCCAGAUGUGGUGGUGGCAGCUGAUGGCAGUGGGAACUAUAAGACAGUAUCAGCUGCGGUUGCUGCUGCACCCAAGUACAGCAGUAAGAGGUACAUUAUUAGAAUCAAGGCAGGCGUUUACAGAGAAAACGUGGAGGUACCGAAGGAGAAGAGUAACAUCAUGUUUCUUGGAGACGGAAGAAAAACGACUAUCAUUACAGGGAGCAGGAAUGUGGUUGGUGGCAGCACAACCUACCAUUCAGCCACAGUUGCCGUGGAGGGCCAAGGAUUCCUAGCCAGGGACAUAACCUUCCAGAACACAGCUGGUCCCUCCAAGUACCAAGCCGUGGCACUGCGAGUUGAGUCUGACUUUGCAGCUUUCUACAAAUGUGGCAUGCUGGGCUAUCAAAACACCCUCUAUGUCCACUCAAAUCGUCAGUUCUUCAGAAACUGCUUCAUUGCGGGCACAAUCGAUUUCAUUUUCGGCAAUGCAGCUGCUGUUUUCCAGGACUGUGACAUCCGUGCUCGCCGUCCCAAUCCAGGCCAGACAAUCACAAUAACCGCCCAAGGGAGGAGUGAUCCUACUCAAAACACUGGUAUUGUGAUUCAGAAAUGUAGGAUCGGUGUCACUUCUGAUCUACAUCCUGUCAGGAGCAAUUUCUCAGCGUAUCUUGGUAGACCCUGGAAGGAGUAUGCAAGGACUGUUAUCAUGCAGUCAUCCAUAAGUGACGUGAUACACCCAGCCGGAUGGAAUGGGUUGAAGGGUCGCUUUGCGCUCAGCACAUUAUCCUUUGCAGAGUAUGAGAACAGCGGGGCUGGUGCUGGAACCUCUAAAAGGGUUACCUGGGAAGGAUACAAGAUGAUCACCAGUGCAACUGAAGCUCAAAGUUUUACUCCUCGAAAUUUCAUUGGUGGUAGUAGCUGGUUGAAAUCCACUACUUUCCCAUUCUCUCUAGAUCUCUAGGCUGGGUUUUUUAUUUUUUGCGCGGUGCUACUAUAAUGUUUCAGUACUUCAUGGAGUUUUGUGUGGCUGAUGUUUUUUUUUCCCCUCAUGUUUUUGCUUACAAGUUUUGGUUCAUGUUUCCUCUCCCCCGGUGGGGAGUUUGUCUUUUGGUCCUAGCUAGCCAGGACUUUUAUGAAUAACAUUGUGUGAGAUUAUAUUUAAA